AUGGCAGCACAACAAGCAAGUCAGGACAACACAGGAAGGCAGGGUUACAACCUGAAGCAAGUCAGCCACUACAACACUGGGAGGCAGGGUUACAACCUGAAGCAAGUCAGCCACUACAACACUGGGAGGCAGGGUGACAACCUGAAGCAAGUCAGCCACUACAACACUGGGAGGCAGGGUUACAACCUGAAGCAAGUCAGCCACUACAACACUGGGAGGCAGGGUGACAACCUGAAGCAAGGUUACAACCUGAAGCAAGUCAGCCACUACAACACUGGGAGGCAGGGUUACAACCUGAAGCAGUCAGCCAGCCACUACAACACUGGGAGGCAGGGUUACAACCUGAAGCAAGUCAGCCACUACAACACUGGGAGGCAGGGUUACAACCUGAGGCAGAAGUCAGUCCACUACAACACUGGGAGGCAGGGUUACAACCUGAAGCAAGUCAGCCACUACAACACUGGGAGGCAGGGUUACAACCUGAAGCAAGUCAGCCACUACAACACUGGGAGGCUACAACACUGGGAGGCAGGGUUACAACCUGAAGCAAGUCAGCCACUACAACACUGGGAGGCAGGGUUACAACCUGAAGCAAGUCAGCCACUACAACCUGAAGCUGUCAGGAGGCAGGGUUACAACCUGAAGCAAGUCAGCCACUACAACACUGGGAGGCAGGGUUACAACCUGAAGCAAGUCAGCCACUACAACACUGGGAGGCAGGGUGACAACUUGAAGCACGUCAGCCACUACAACACUGGGAGGCAGGGUUACAACCUGAAGCAAGUCAGCCACUACAACACUGGGAGGCAGGGUGACAACUUGAAGCAUGUCAGCCACUACAACACUGGGAGGCAAGAGAGGCAGGGUUACAACUGGAAGCAAGGUUACAACCUGAAGCAAGUCAGCCAGUACAAUACUGGGAGGCAGGGUUACAACCUGAAGCAAGUCAGCCAGUACAAUACUGGGAGGCAGGGUUACAACCUGAAGCAAGUCAGCCAGUACAAUACUGUGAAGUGUUUGAAAGAUUGA